ACCACGGUCGGAGUGAAGACGCAAGACAGGGAGACCUUUGGUGGACACGGGCAGAGACAAGCCAGGGGAUGAGAGCGUCAGGCAUGUGGGCCUUCCGCUCCAGGGGAAAGACCGAGGUGUAGCGAGUGAAGUCGUCGACAAGCACUAGGAAGUAGCGCUCUCGACGCGGCCCAUGGACGGGGGCGGGGCCCCAGACGUCCAUGUGCAGGUGGGGCUGGGGAGGAGGGAAACGCGGGGAGAGAACCAGGGAGACCAAGGACGAGACCGUGCUGGGACAUGUGACGCAGACGUGGGAGCGCAGGGUGACCUAGGCGGUGGUGCCAAAGGAGAGUCGGACAGCAUACCGCUCGUGACCAGGGAACGUAGUGGUGACGCCAAGGUCCUGGAGGCAGCCGACACCAACUAGGUUCCUGGAGAACGAGGGGAUAUGCAGACCUGUAAGAGAGCCCGAAAGAACCGCCGGACAGGGAAGGGUGGUGGAACUGCGGGCGACUACCGGACCGCCGGAGGGGUCAGCUAGGGAAACGGCAGCAGGAACAGGAAGCGGCGUCAGUGUAGUAGAGUCACGGAAGAAGCACCGAGAAGCGCCAGAGUCCAAGGUGAAGGAAAGCGAAGCAGUGGCGUCUGGCGGGUGCCCCAAAAACCAGACGUAAGCCCCGACACUUGCGCUUCGAUUUUUGUCAGUUUUAAACGCAUGUUCGCGCAACAACUGAAUUGGGAUCCGGCAAAUGUUUUCACAGCGACCCAAAAUUACA